GGCCGUCCAAGAUGGCAGCCUUGGAGGAAGAGUUCACGUUGUCCACCGUGGUCCUCAGUGCUGGCCCUGACGGACUCCUGGGCGUGGAGCCCAGCAACAAAACAGACCAGUUUCUGGUGACGGACAGCGGCAGGACGGUCGUGCUCUAUAAGUUGUCGGCUGAGGUCUACAGGAUACACUCAAUAACAGGGACAGAGCCAUGGGUCCUGUUCAAGGAAGGGGCUGUCCGCGGAUUAGAGGCCUUGCUGGCAGAGCCACAGCAGAAAAUUGAAACUGUCAUCUCUGAUGGAGAAGUGAUUAAGUGGACAAAGUUUUUCAUGGCAUAUAGACAUCCUGUUGUAAUAUUUGUUACUGAAAAAGUAAGCUGUGAUGGAUGCAUAUAUGAAACCUUGCUACCAAUAUAUUCAAGCGACACGGAAAAAGACCAGCGAGUCGUUAGUUCAUUGUUGCUCAAGACUGUUGUAACGGGGGGUGCUCGAAAUGGUGUUGGACUCACUGCCCUGGAUUCAGAUCACAUGGCAGUCCUCGGGCCUCCUCUGCCAGUUUCUAAGGAAUGCCUUUCCAUAUGGAACAUAAAAUUUCAAACUUUACAGACUUCAAAAGAGUUACCACAAGGGACCAGUGGACAACUCUGGUAUUAUGGAGAAGUUUUGUUUAUGUUACAUGGGAAGUUUCUAACUGUGAUUCCAUACAAGUGUGAAGUUUCAUCAUUGGCAGGUGCCCUGGGGAAACUCAAGCAUAGUCAAAAUCAAGACAUUCAGACCAUUCCCCAUUUUGCAAACUGGGAAACCUCUCAGGAAUUUGGAUUUGAAUCUUACAACUCUGAACAGUCAAGGAAAAUGUCUUUUUCUAUUUAUCUUCAGAUUAUGGAUUGGAUAUGCCUUCUUCUAGAUGCUAAUUUUACUGUCGUCCUAAUGAUACCAGAAGCAAAAAGGCUACUGAUAAACCUUUACAAGUUUGUGAAAUCCCAGAUAAGUGUUUAUUCUGAGCUCAACAAGAUAGAAGUAAGUUUUCGAGAGCUACAGAAAUUAAAUCAAGAGAAGACAAAUAGAGACUUAUAUUCAAUUGAAGUGCUGGAACUCUUCUGAUAGCCUGUUUCCUUCAGUGAUCUCUUCUGACACUUUUGUGUGAGUCUCCUGCUCCUAUGGAAGAAAGGUCUGUUUGUGACCUCUAAGGUGUGAGUAUGGGACCAUCACAACUUGAGACUCUUGCUCUUUGGUAGACCCCGACUGCACGGGAGACUCUUCUAGAUGACGGACAUUGUGGGGUUGGGAAAAGCCUGUGAAUGUUUUUUUAAAUAUGUGAGUUAGCUGCUUUUAAGUAAAUUUAUUUGUGUAUUGAUAAAUGUUUAAUUUCUUA